AUGAGCGGGACCGAGACUGAAACAGUGCCUAUUCUGGUAAACGCAACCGCCGUCGACUGUCAGGUGCACAGUGCCUUGUCAAAUGAAGAGGAAGGCUCUUCCGAGGAGGACCAUUUGAUACCAGAGGUGGUGUUCAGCUCAGUGUUGGACUCGCCUGGCAUCAAUCGUGAGUCUCAGCCGUUGUUGGGCCCGGCGGAAGUGUCCUACAAUCAUUUUCCUGAUGAUCCAAUAUUCAAUGAUCUGGUAUCCAAAGCGGAAGCCGCCAUAGAUAUAGGCCGUUUUCCCGAGCGCAUAUCUCAAGGAUCAAGUGGUUCAUACUUCGUCAAAGAUGUCGAUAACAAAAUCAUCGGUGUGUUCAAACCCAAAGACGAGGAACCCUACGGUAGACUGAAUCCGAAAUGGACGAAGUGGAUACACAAGCUGUGCUGUCCCUGCUGUUUCGGACGUUCCUGUUUAAUACCAAAUCAAGGUUACCUAUCAGAAGCGGCCGCUUCCUUAGUCGAUACAAAGUUGCAAUUAAAUAUUGUGCCCAAAACUAGAAUUGUUAAGUUGGUUUCGGAAACGUUUCACUAUCCACGAAUAGACCGGCAAAAAGCGCGCAUAAAACGCUCGAUUAUGGAACAAUUCCCCAAUGUGGGUGUGCGUUUCAACCGCAUUGGUUUACCGCCGAAAAUCGGAUCAUUUCAACUGUAUGUCGAGGGUUUUAAAGACGCCGAUUAUUGGUUGAGGCGAUUUGAAGUUGAACCACUGCCGACGCGCAUGUCGCAAAAGUUUCAACUUCAAUUCGAGCGUCUGGUUGUCUUGGAUUAUAUCAUCCGCAACACUGAUCGUGGAAAUGACAAUUGGCUCAUUAAAUAUGACCAGCCUACGAUCGUCACCAGCAACGGCAAUGGCAGCACCCAGGUGGAAAUUACAGAUACAACCGAUUGGAAUAUGGUGCAGUUGCCAGAGAUCAAAAUCGCUGCGAUUGAUAACGGGCUGGCGUUCCCCUAUAAACAUCCGGAUAGCUGGCGGGCGUAUCCAUAUCAUUGGGCGUGGUUGCCGCAGGCGAAGGUGCCCUUCAGCCGCGAGAUCCGCGACCUCGUGCUGCCGCUGCUGGCGGACAUGAAUUUUGUACAAGACUUAUGUGAUGAUUUACACGUGCUGUUCAAGCAGGACAAGGGAUUCGAUAAGAGUCUCUUUGAACGACAAAUGUCUGUGAUGCGAGGCCAAAUUUUGAACCUGACUCAGGCGCUCAAGGAUGGCAAGUCGCCGGUGCAGCUGGUGCAGAUGCCCGGCGUUGUCAUUGAGAGCUCUUAUUUCAGGUCGCAGGGUCACCAUACCCCUAGGUUUUUUAGUUUUACACAACGCUUCCAGGAGAAUAGCCCGUUCUUUUCGUGGUGUUAAUCAAGGCCCCGGUGGUUAGGCGCUAAAUUCGUCUCGAUUAUUAAUUUAAUUAAGUCUUAUCAUUCUUUUCGAUUGUAUAUUUCAAACAAAAAACUUGUAUAUAUUACCAAACAACUAAGCAACUUUCAAUGUAAAACGAAACUUAUUAACAUUAUUAAUUAUCUGAAUAAGGAAAAUAUAACUACUAAGAUAAUA